AUGAGUGUUCAAAUUUUUGGUGAUCAAGUAUCUGAAGAAAGAGCUGAAAACGCUCGUAUGUCUGCUUUUGUAGGCGCCAUUGCGGUUGGGGAUCUUGUGAAAACAACGCUAGGCCCGAAGGGUAUGGACAAACUGCUACAAAGUGCCAGCAGCGACCGUUCUCUGGUGACAAAUGAUGGCGCAACAAUUUUGAAAUCGAUUCCGCUAGAUAAUCCAGCAGCCAAAGUGUUGGUGAAUAUUAGUAAAGUGCAGGACGAUGAAGUUGGUGACGGUACUACCAGUGUGACGGUCUUGAGUGCAGAAUUACUGCGUGAAGCUGAAAAAUUGGUAGAGCAUGGUAAAAUUCAUCCCCAGACUAUAAUCGAGGGUUUCAGGUUAGCUUCGAAAGCCGCUCUAGAAGCUUUGCAAAAGGUGGCUACGGACCAUUCGAAUGACAAGGAUGUUUUUUACCGGGAUCUGGUCGAUAUCGCUAAGACAACGUUGUCGUCUAAGAUCCUGUCGCAAGACAAAGAACACUUUUCGAAAUUGGCUGCCGACGCAGUCAUGCGUUUGCGGGGAUCCACGAACCUAGAGCACAUUCAAAUUAUCAAAAUUAGUGGCGGCAAACUUUCGGACUCUUUCCUCGAUGAAGGUUUCAUUCUUCAAAAAAAGUUUGGUAACAAUCAACCUAGACGUGUUGAAAAUGCCAAAAUCUUGAUUGCCAAUACGUCUUUGGACACCGACAAGGUCAAGAUUUUCGGUGCCAAGUUUAAGGUAGAUUCCACUUCCAAAUUGGCGCAAUUGGAGAAGGCGGAGAAACUAAAAAUGAAGACAAAAAUUGACAAAAUUGCUCAGUUCGGCAUCAACACAUUUAUUAACAGACAAUUGAUCUACGACUACCCUGAGCAACUCUUCACCGAUCAUUGUAUCAACUCCAUUGAGCAUGCGGACUUCGAAGGCGUUGAAAGACUUGCUUUGGUGACGGGUGGUGAGGUUGUCUCCACCUUCGAUAACCCUGAGAAAUGCAAACUAGGAGAGUGCGAAUUGAUUGAAGAGAUAAUGAUUGGUGAAGAAAUUUUUACUAAAUUCAGCGGCUGUAAAGCUGGCGAGGCUUGCACAAUAGUCUUGAGAGCAGCCACUGAGCAAAUGCUCGACGAGGCUGAAAGAUCUCUUCACGACGCGCUUUCAGUUUUGUCUCAAACCACUAAAGAGACUAGAACCGUUUUAGGUGGCGGUUGCGCUGAAAUGAUCAUGUCGAAAGCCGUGGACACCGCAGCUCAAAAUGUGGACGGUAAAAAAUCCCUAGCCGUAGAAGCAUUUGCUCGUGCAUUGAGGCAGCUUCCAACUAUUUUGGCUGACAAUGCUGGUUUCGAUAGCAGCGAAUUGGUUGCUAAGUUAAGAUCAUCCAUUUACAACGGUAUGACUACUUCUGGUCUCGACCUGAACAACGGAAGUAUCGCCGAUAUGAGGGAAUUGGGUAUUGUUGAAAGUUAUAAGCUGAAAAAAGCCGUUGUGAGCUCAGCCUCGGAGGCAGCAGAGGUUCUAUUAAGAGUAGAUAACAUCAUCCGUGCGAAACCAAGGACGGCUGACAGAAGGCAUAUGUAA